ACCACGAAGAACGCCUUUGGCUUACACCUGAUCGACUAUAUGACCGAGAUCCUGAAACAGAAGGACACCGAACUGACGAACUUUAAGGUGGCGGCCGGCACGCUCGACGCCAGCGCGAAGAUUUACGCCGUCCGCGUGGACGCGGUCCAUGCGGAUACCUACAAAGUUCUUGGAGGUUUGGGCAAGGACUCGGCCCCUACGAAAAAUGUGGAGAGCCCAGGAGGAGAAGACAGUCCAGCUCCUGAGGCUGUCAAGAGAGCUCAGACGAAGAAAAAACACUCAUUCAAAACCAUCGAGCAGAACUUGAAUAACAUCAACGUGUCGGAGGCGAAUCGCAGAUGUGAGGUUGAUCCCAUGUUCCGGAAAACAGCCGCCUCUUUCGAUGAAUGCAGCACAGCCGGCAUUUUCCUCACGGGCCUGCGGACCCAAAGCUGGCACAGCGAGCUCCUCUUUGACUCCAAGAUCGUGCCUCUCCCUUCUUCGGAGACGCUCACGCUGCCAAACUCCGAUCCCGUCAAAGUGGUGGAUUUAAAGCCCCUGCUAGCGCAAUGCGUUGAAAAACGCCUCAUCUGCUCUUCGCUGGCUGGUUUCCAGUUUACAAAGUGGGACAGCGAAUCCCACGACGAGUCGGUGUCAGCCCUGUUGGAUAAAUUUAAGAAGAGCGACCAGGUGUUCGAUAUCAAUGCGGAGAUCGACAGCGAUGCGGACGACUGUGCUCCCAGCCUGCCAGAGAACGACUUCAACUCGGAUUCCCCGAGGAACGCGGUAGUAGACAAGAUCGGGGAAUUCACAGAAAACAUCGACUCCUUUGGAACAGUCCAUGAGAGCAAGAGAACGCUUCCUUUUGGAGAAGGAGACAUCGGGAGCAUGUGCCUUCAUCUCUCCAUGAAACCAGGGGAAUACUCUUACUUCAGUCCCCGAGUUCUGUCGAUGUGGGCCGGCCCAGAGCACUGGCGCUUCAAACCUCGGCACAAACCGGAUGCGGACUCUGAAAGAGAGAGCAGGAAAAGGAACGCAAAGAAAGCAUUCGAACUGAACUUUGAUGAAGACAUUGACUUUGAGGUGCAUUUCCGUAAGACCAAGGCAUCUGUGACUCUAGCCAAAUCCAUCCUGGAAAGUCAGAACCUAAGGAGCACCACGCUUCCCGCAGACUUCAACUACGACCCUAGCAACAUCCUCCAGCUCUUCCUCAAACCAGCUAUUAAGCUCUGCAGGACGUCUGAGCCAAGAAGCUCGUUGAAUCACGAAGAUGAGAUCGGCAAGUACGAUUACAACAACCCAAACGACACCUCCAAUUUCUGCCCUGCGUUGCAGGCCGCAGACAGCGAUGAUGACAACGACCCCAUGCAAUUCGUGGGCCUGACGGGAGAGUUCAACCUUACUGCCUACCCCGAGGGUCAAGACGCCGAGCUCAACGGCGUCACCGGCGACGUCAAUAUCACAACAUACGGGGAGCAGAACCUCGUCGCUGAGCCCCAGAAGGUCAAUAAGAUAGCCAUUCAGUAUGCAAAGACAGCCAAGAAAAUGGACAUGAAGAGGCUGAAGAAAAACAUGUGGGACCUCCUGACUGACAGACAGGACAAAGAAACGACGGAAGAUGCAGAGAAAGAGAAGGACGUGUCAAUGGUAGCGGGAGAGAAGGUCUUCAGCAGCAUCACGAAGGAGCUGCUUCACAGGCUGCCUGCUGCGAUGGCUAACAAUCUGUCAGUCCCCUUGGCCUUCGCUUGCCUCUUGCACCUGGCAAAUGAGAAGAAUCUGAAGCUGGAGGGCACGGAGGACCUGUCUGAUGUCCUAGUGAAACAAGGCAACUGA